AGCGUUUCCAUGUAGAAGAGCUUCACUUUCUCUCACACCGCCUCUCUCUCUUCCAAAUUUGGCCAAGGGUUUCCAUUUUCCUUUUAUUUUCCAGAUAUUUUUCUUCUGUUUGAUCACCACAAUCUGCUAAUGGAAGGAGAUUUUGACUCGGAGACUCAGCAUCGGCCUCCGCCGCCGCCGGCGCUCGAUAGAGUUUGCCACCGCCGCUCGAAAUCGGAUGCAUCGUCCUUGACCGUUGAGAAUUGCGAGGAUCCCGUUCGCCAUUCGAGGAAUGUGACGCCGGAUGAAAGCACAACAUGGACAAAUGAGAAACACAAUUCCUAUCUGUAUCAUUUGGAAAUGUCAUUUGUUGAACAGCUGUACCAAUCAAAAUCUGUGCUUGCACGAUGCUCAGGGCACAACUUGAGGGACAUAAAUAUAUCUCGGAAGCAUUUGACCAAUGCUUCUGAUCAGUAUGGUGUUUCACGUAAUAGAUGUUGGCAAAAGAGUAAGCAUGCAGCGGGUGGGCCUACUCACAUCAGUACUCACCAUUCGAAGCAUGGAGAGGUGCAUUACCAUCCAUCACUGAGUAAAGUGCCCACAUCCGUGAAGCUUAUUAUGACAAGGAAACAAGGGGAAGGGAUGAUAUCACAUGGCACACAAACAUGUUCACAGGACAUAAUUGACUCAAAUAGAGAGGAGAUGGGUCAAAAUUUUUUGGAUGAAGACAGUCAAAAUACACUAAAUUCCGAGUCCCAAGCAAAAAGGUUGAAGAUAGUUUUCGAGGAUGGAUCACAUCAGGAUCAAAUUGUCCCUUCAAAGUGAUGCCCUCCAGCAGAUGAUGAACAAAUCAAAUUAUUGCUCGCUGUGAAACUGUCUUGAAAUUUUGAUAGCCGUGUUUAUUCUCCAACUUGAAAUGCAUUUUCACAUGGGAGGCCCUGUAGACAUUAUUACCAUUAAAAGAGGAUGGUGAAGAUUAAUGAGGUGCAGGAUUUAAAGUUUCCCCUAGCAUUUCCAAAUCGAGGUAACAUAUAAGUUGAGUCCAUGUGAAGGAUCAGUGAAGGAUGUGAUCCCAUGAAAUUUCGAUAUCCUAAAAUUAAGAACCACAACGUUUUGUCGUAGUAGAUUCCUAGAAACAGAAGCUUUAUCAUGCCUGCAUAAACUCAUUUGCUUGACCUGUAGAUAAGAUGCAGAGAUGUAUUUUGAUUUAUAUAGUUGCCUGUUUAAAGAAAAUCUACUUUCUUCCUCCUAUGGAUUGUAGGUUGUGUGGCCGGGGAUGUAAAUGGUCUGUAGAUGUCUAGGCGAACAUCUGUCUCCUGCUUUCGAUUUUGUGAGCUUUGUUCGCUCACUCCAGAAAUAUCUAUAUAUUGCUGUUUGGUACACCCUUUAAUUUUUUUUAGUAAUAUUGGUAUACAUUUUUUGUUGUAUGAAUGAUUGUUGUCUGUAUUUUAAUUGCUAGAGCCGUAAAGAAUAUGCAGGUUCAACUAA